AUGUUCCUGAUGCCAGCCUCUUCCGAGUUAAACAGUGGGCAGGACUUCUUAACCCAGUGGAUGGCCAAUCCUUCCCGGGCUGGGGUCAUAUUAAAUCGUGAAUUUCCUAUUUUGGAAGCAGAUGAAGAAAAACGAGCAGCUGCGGACAUUUCUACCAGCUUUCCUAUUAAAGCCACACGUUUUUCUAACAGUUUUAGCUUUAUAAGUGAAGAAGAUUCACUUAAUGAAGAACAGAGGUUGGAGUCUAACAGCCUUUACAAACUGCAAUCAGAUAAAUCUGAAACCCAUACAGUCUUUCCAUUAAUUAAAAAGGGACCACAAAUAGCAGCAUGUCAGGAUGCUCCUGGACACCAGGAAGAUGAUAACUUUAUCCCAGAUCCUGCAAAUGAAUUCAAAGAAGUGGCUUACAAAGACCCACUUUUUAAAAAACUUGAACAGCUGAAAGAAGUACAACAGAAGAAGCAGGAACAACUGAAGAGGCAGCAGUUAGAGCAGCUGCAGAGACUCAUGGAAGAACAAGAGAAACUGCUCACCGUAGUGUCUGGGCAGCACACACUUCCAGGUUUAACUUUACCGCCUGAUGAUCAGAAGCACAGAUCUCCAGGAAAUUCAGGGAUGGUAGAGCGAGCCACACCCUUCUCUCCAACGUAUGUCUUCCCGAAUCAAACCCAAGAAAAAACACACUCUUCCAACAUUUUAUCCAAUGAACAAAACAAUUUCUGUAUAACUACUCACCAAGAUUUUGUCUUAACUUCAAAAAGUCCACAGUAUCAAGAAGCACUUGUGAAAAAAAAUGAUUUGAAGGAAGAAAACCAUAACCAUCCUUCAGGAGAAGGCAUUUUAUCAUGUUGGGAGAAAAUGACAGAACAAAUUCAGGAAGGGAAUGAUAUGAACUUAAAAAAAAUUGGUGAUUCCUCAGAAGUGGCUAAUAUUGAAGAAAGGCCUAUCAAAGCUGCUAUCAGAGAACGGAAACAGACAUUCGAAGACUUCUUAGAAGAACAAAUUCGGUUGGAAGAACAAGAACUGAAACAAAAACAGCUAAGGGAUGCUGAAGGACCAUUGCUAAUCAAAGCAAAACCAAAACAACCAUUCUUAAAACGAGGAGAAGGUUUAGCUAGAUUUACUAAUGCUAAAUCUAAGUUUCAAAAAGGAAAAGAGAGCAAACUAGUGACUAGCCAGAGCACUUCAGAGGCCCAACCUCUGUUGAAAAUAGACAGACAAUUCCAGCGGAAAACUGCUCUUAUAAAUAAAGAACUGUGUGCAGAGCACCCUACUGUUAAAAAGGACAAUAAAUCUAGAACCAAGAGUGGUUCUGUCACCCUCAGUCAGAAGCCAAAAGUGCUUAAGAGUAAUAAUAGGAAAAAUUUCUCUCCAUCAGGAUUGAAAAUACAGACCUCGAAGAAAUGUGAUGGACAGUUUAGAGACCGGAUCAAAUUAGAAAACAAAGUUGAAUCUAAUGAUAAAGAAAAUGUACCUGAGUGUACAAAACCUUGUGAUACUGGUUGCAAAGUGUGGAAUAAGACACAAAGUAAAGACAGGCUUCCUCUUUCGACAGGGCCUGUCAGCUGUGUGGCUUCUAAGAGAUCGAUAAGUGAGACCAUGAAAGAGGUGGAAUCUUCUCUUGACGUUUCUCUUCAGAAAAAGUUAGAGAAUUGGGAACGAGAAAAAGAAAAGGAAAAUUUGGAAUUAGAUGAAUUUUUGUUUUUAGAAAAAGCUGCUGAUGAAAUAUCAUUUUCUAGUAAUUCCUCAUUUGUGCUGAAAAUCUUAGAAAGGGAUCAGCAGAUCUGCAGAGGUCGCCGAAUGUCUUCCACCCCUGUCAAAGCUGUGCAGCAGAAGACAAAUCCGGCAGAUCCCAUAAUUCAGUGUAACCGCAGUGAGGAGCUGGACCACACUGCACGUGAGAGUAAGAGUGAGUGUGAGGUCACCCGCAUACAGCUUGGCUCAGUGUCCUCACCUGACACAUUGAGGGAACCGUCUUGCGAAGUCAGUAAGAAAGCCUUCCAAAAGAGCACUGCUGAAAAUCAGACUCGAUGGAAUGCAAGCGAUGAUGAAGGUGUUACAAACAGUGACAGUAGCUCUGACUCUGAGGAGCAGCUUGAUGUUACCAUAAAACCAUUGACUGAGGACAGAGAAAGGGGUUUCAGCAGCAGAGAGGAUAGUCCACAAGUCUGCGAUGGCAGGGGGCCUUUUAGGGACACCAGGACUCAACAAGAUAAAAGAAGAGACGUUGAUCUGGAUUUGUCUGAUAAAGAUGAUAGUAGUGAUGAGUCUAUCAUAAUAGAAAGCAUAAAACAUGAAGUGUCUGAGUCCUCAAGAAGAUCCUCAUCUCUAAGUAUGAGUAAAAUCGACUUCGAUGAUGAAAGAACUUGGACCGACCUCGAAGAGAACUCAUGUCAACAUGAUGUUAUUAAGGAUGAAGGCAUUCAUGGGAUGCCCGAGACACGCUGCCCUAAUAAGAGUGAAAUGUGUGUCCUGGACAGAACAGUGAAAAGGAAAUGGCACUUUGUGUUUGCCAUAUUCCUGGCUCCUAGUGACAGUGCUCGAUCCCAGGUUUUGAGAGAGAAAGUUAUUGAAUUGGAAACAGAAAUAGAAAAAUUUAAAGCUGAGAACACAUCUUUAGCUAAACUUCGUAUUGAACGAGAAAGUGCCUUGGAAAAGCUCAGGAAAGAAAUUGCAGACUUUGAACAACAGAAGGCAAAGGAGUUGGCUCGAAUAGAAGAGUUUAAAAAGGAGGAAAUGAAGAAGCUACAAAAGGAACGUAAAGUUUUUGAAAAGUAUACUACAGCUGCAAGAACUUUUCCAGAUAAAAAGGAACGUGAAGAAAUACAGGCUUUAAAACAGCAAAUAGCAGAUUUACGGGAAGAUUUAAAAAGAAAGGAAGCAAAAUGGUCAAGUACCCACGGCCGUCUGAGAAGCCAGAUAGAAAUGUUGGUCAGAGAGAACACGGACCUCCGGGAAGAGAUGAAGGUGAUGGGAAGGUUCCGCCUGGACGCCUGGAGGAAGGCGGCAGCCGCGGAGAGCGGCCCCACGGCGGACCCGCGAGGGGCCGGGAAGAAGGGCGAGUCCGCGAACCCAUCUGUUCGAUUUCAAAAGAGUCAAAUUUCUUCAGGAGCCCAGCUAGAAAAAUACAGGAAGAAUUAUUUGCCAGCACAAGGCGGUCCACCUCAAAGAUCCAAGUCUGCACGUCCUCGUGAUGUUGGCCAUUCGGAUAAGGGACGGGCCGCCUCCCCCGGGGAGCUGCUGGAACCAGGGGACUUGCCAGACCCUGAUCCCGAACGUGAACAGGAGGGAGAAAAAGAAGAAAUACAGGGGGAAAUCAGUCAUCCUGACGGAAAGGUGGAAAAGGUUUAUAAGAACGGGUGUCGUGUUAUACUGUUUCCCAAUGGAACUCGGAAGGAAGUGAGUGCCGAUGGGAAGACUGUCACAGUCACGUUCUUUAACGGCGACGUCAAGCAGGUCAUGCCAGAUGAGAGAGUGAUCUACUACUACGCAGCUGCGCAGACCACUCACACCACGUACCCGGAAGGACUAGAAGUUUUACAUUUCUCAAGUGGACAAAUAGAAAAACAUUUCCCAGAUGGAAGGAAAGAAAUCACGUUUCCUGACCAAACUAUUAAAAACUUAUUUGCUGAUGGACAAGAAGAAAGCAUUUUCCCAGAUGGUACAAUUGUCAGAGUACAAUGUGAUGGCACCAAAAUCAUAGAGUUUAAUAAUGGCCAAAGAGAACUCCAUACUGCCCAGUUCAAGAGGCGGGAAUAUCCAGACGGCACUGUUAAAACUGUGUAUGCAAACGGCCAUCAAGAAACCAAGUAUACAUCCGGUCGAGUAAGAGUUAAGGACAAGGACGGUAACAUUCUAAUGGACACAGAAGUGUAACGACCCUUGUGUGAGUAAUCGUGAAGUAACACUAACUGAUUUUCUUGCUAAAAAGUGUACAUUUCUUGCAGAUUCUGUUUAAUGUAUAGAGUGUGUGUGUGUACAAGUGGAAGAGACUGGAUUCUAAAAUGAAGGUCUGCCCUGUAGCA